CUUCCAGCUGUGCUCGUGAACCGGACCGUCAGUGAGUCCUCCGGUGGACCAGGCGCUCGGUCGGUCGGUCGGUCGGUCUGUCGGUGCUCUGUCUAUCCGCUCCCCGCAGCUGUCUCCCCGGUGUGGAUCCAGCCUGUUGCCACGACCCUCCUGCUCCUUCCUCCGGACUCAAACUCUCCAUUCCUCGGUUCCCCCCCGCUGACAGCUCUGGGAGCUUUUCGGACCGGUUCUGUGUGUCCUCUCCGAAGCUUUGAGACCCGGUUCUGCUGGUUCGGACUGCCCUCCUCCUGCUCCACCAUGGGCUGGAGCGUCCCGGUUCUGCUGUCAGUCAUCUGCGCUCAGCUCACGGCGGGAGUGCCGGACGGACCAGCCGUUCAAGUGAUUGAUGUGUUGAGCCUUCAAGACUCGAAGCAGAGCAUUUCAGCCGUGGAGAAGCUGGCAGGUGGUCUGAGCGCGCUCAGUGACGUCUAUGUGGUGUCUACGUUUCGACUGCCAGCGAAGCUGGGUGGAGUCCUGCUGGGUCUCUACAGCAAACAGGACAACAGAAAGUACCUGGAGGUCGCCGUCAUGGGGAAGAUCAGUAAAGUCCUGGUCCGUUACGUCCGCGCUGAUGGGAAGCUCCACACGGUGAACCUGCAGAACGCCAACCUGGCCGAUGGGCGGACUCAUUCCAUCAUCCUGAGGCUCGGCGGCCUCCACCGUGAACAAAUGCAGAUGGAGCUCUACGUCGACUGCCGAUUGGCCGACUCCAGCCAGGGCCUGCCACCACUGGUUCCUCUGCCCAGGGAGGCAGACAUGGUGGAGAUCAGACAUGGACAGAAGGCAUACGCCAGACUCCAGGGGGCGGUGGAGUCCCUCAGACUGGCUCUAGGGGGCAGCGUUGCUAAAGCUGGAGCUCUGACCGACUGUCCGUUCCAAGGAGACUCAUCAGCCUACAACUCAGUGAACGGCGACGUCAACUCCAUCCUGGGCGAUCACACGAAGGCUCUAAUUGGUCAACUCAUCAUCUUCAAUCAGAUCCUGGGAGAGCUGCGACAGGACAUCAGAGAACAGGUGAAGGAGAUGGCUCUGAUCAGGAACACCAUCCUGGAGUGUCAGGUUUGUGGUUUCCACGAACCUCGUUCCCGCUGCUCUCCAAAUCCCUGUUACAAAGGAGUAACCUGCAUGGAGAGUCUGCACUACCCUGGAUACACCUGUGGACCCUGUCCACCUGGAACCACCGGCAACGGAACACACUGCAGGGACGUGGACGAGUGCGAGCUGCAGCCCUGCUACUCUCCUGAGGCCUGUGUGAACACUGUGGGGGGGUUCAGCUGUCAGCCUUGUCCUCCAGGCCUGUGGGGGGCGCCACUGGCUGGAACCGGACUGGACUACGCCAAAACACACCGACAGGAGUGUGCGGAUAUUGACGAGUGUGUCGACCUACCUGACGCCUGUGUGUCCAACUCUGUCUGCAUCAACACUGUGGGUUCGUACAAAUGUGGAGGUUGUAAACCUGGUUUCCUCGGCAACCAGACGUCUGGUUGCUUCCCCAGAAAGUCGUGCAACGCGUUGACGUUUAACCCCUGUGACACCAACGCCCACUGCGCCAUGGAGAGGAACGGGGAGGUCUCCUGUAGGUGUAACGUGGGCUGGGCCGGUAAUGGAAACACAUGUGGAGUGGACACGGACAUCGACGGAUAUCCCGACCGCUCGCUGCCCUGCAUGGACAACGACAAACACUGCAAACAGGACAACUGUGUGUUCACUCCGAACUCCGGUCAGGAGGACGCCGACAACGACGGGAUCGGUGAUCAGUGUGAUGAGGACGCAGACGGAGACGGCAUCAAAAACGUGGAGGACAACUGCCGUUUGGUCCCUAACAAAGAUCAGCAGAACUCAGACAGCGAUUCGUUUGGAGACGCCUGUGACAACUGUCCCAACGUCCCCAACAGCGACCAGAAAGACACCGACAGCAACGGACAGGGAGAUGCCUGCGACCAGGACAUUGACGGAGACGGUAUUCCCAAUGUUCUCGAUAACUGUCCGAAGGUACCAAACCCGAUGCAGACGGACAGAGACCGAGACGGAGUUGGAGACGCCUGCGACAGCUGUCCUGAACUCAGCAACCCAAUGCAGACAGACGUUGACAACGACCUGGUGGGAGAUGUUUGUGACACCAACCAGGACACGGAUGGAGAUGGUCACCAGGACAGCAGAGACAACUGUCCCGACAUCCCCAACAGCUCCCAGCUCGACUCCGACAACGACGGCCUCGGAGACGACUGUGACCACGACGACGACAACGACGGCAUCCUGGAUGACUACGACAACUGCCGGCUCAUCGUCAACCCCAACCAGAAAGACUCUGAUGCGAACGGCGUUGGCGACGUCUGCGAGAACGACUUCGAUAACGACGCUGUGAUGGAUCUGAUCGACGUGUGUCCAGAAAGCGCUGAGGUCACGCUGACGGACUUCAGAGCCUAUCAGACGGUCAUUCUGGACCCGGAGGGCGACGCCCAGAUCGAUCCCAACUGGGUGGUCCUCAAUCAGGGCAUGGAGAUCGUCCAGACGAUGAACAGUGAUCCUGGUUUAGCCGUGGGCUACACGGCGUUUAACGGCGUCGACUUCGAGGGAACGUUCCACGUCAACACGGUGACGGACGACGACUACGCCGGCUUCAUCUUCGCUUACCAGGACUCAUCCAGCUUCUAUGUGGUGAUGUGGAAGCAGACGGAGCAGACGUACUGGCAGUCCAUCCCCUUCAGAGCCAUGGCCCAGCCUGCACUGCAGCUCAAGGCGGUGAAGUCUCGGACUGGACCAGGUGAGUUUCUGAGGAACGCUCUGUGGCACACUGGAGACACCCCUGGAGAGGUGAAGCUGCUGUGGAAGGAUCCUCGAAACACCGGCUGGAAGGACAAAACCUCGUACCGCUGGCAGCUCAGCCACCGGCCGCAAGUGGGAUACAUCAGGGUAAAGCUGUUUGAGGGGAUGGACAUGGUGGCAGACUCCGGCGUUGUGGUUGACACCUCCAUGAGAGGAGGCCGGCUCGGUGUGUUCUGCUUCUCCCAGGAAAAUAUCAUCUGGUCCAACCUACGCUACAGAUGUAACGACACGGUGCCUGAAGACUUCCAGUCUCAUCGUAAACAAGUUAUGAUGCACAUUCAGGUCUGAGAGCUGCAGACAGACUCUUCACACACACACACACACACAACGCAAAUACAUGGAUACACACAUCCCCCAAACACUUUAACUGUAGUCUGAAUGUGAGCUGUGUGAGUAUGUGUGUGUAUGUGUGUGUGUUUGUGUGUCACAUGAAUGAAAGGGAAGUCGUUGAAAGACAGAAACCAAGCGUCAGAGUGGACAGUCUGGGGAAACACUUCGGGAGCGCCUGAACGCACCAUCAGUGUCGGUUUGUGUAGCUUUUAAAUGUUUGUUUGUGUAUGUCUUUACAUAGAGUAAGGUUAAACAUACAGCUUUGGAACAGAGUUUUUGUCAAGUUCAUCAAGUUAAGUUUCACGAAACAACAUGAGGAAGCAAGUUAACAUAUACAGGAUAGGUUUUGGUUUCUGGCUUCAUUAAACAAGAAAACAAAACCACAGUCACACGAAGCUGGUUAUCAGUUAAGUCAACUGGGGUCUCUGGACUUGGCUUUAAGUAUUUUCACAUAAGAGGAGUGGCGAUGGCAACAGAUAACUGACCAUAAACAUGGACAGGAGCUCCAAAACAAAUAUGAGGAGUUUCAAAAAAAUAAUAGGAGCUAAAAGCAACACAGCUGGUGAAGCUAAACUCAGAAGAGAAAGGAAGGAUUCCAAAAUUUGAACUUUUUUAGCAGUUGGCUUCUUCUAUGUUUACUAUGGCUAACGUAGCCUAUAGCGCCACCUCUUGGCAAUAAGGCACAGUCUGGUUUAUCUGCUCCAAAGAAGUUAAUGGAAACAAAUUCAUAUUUUCUGAAACAUAUCUUAAAUUCUGGUUUCUCAACAAAAAGAAGGAUCUCCUUUUGUCAUGUGUCCACAAUAAAAUGUUGAGCUUUUUGUGAUAAUUGUGAGUCCUUGACUGUUAUCAGACAGUCCAGUCUUUAGAAAAAAAAAAAAACUCCUGGAGACUGUUGUGGAAAGUUUUGAAGUGUUUCUUUUCGAUAGAACGUCGGUGUGCUCGUCUUUCAGUCGUGUUUCUUCAGACAAACUCCUGCUUUGGCUCCUCACUCAUCUGAGUUCAACAGUCCUGAAUACUGUGCAGCCAUUAAGGAUUUAAGGAAAAAGCAUAAACUCUCUUUUUAACUGAUCCACAAACCAACAACAAGAAUAAUUUCAGGCCUUUACCGACCCAGACGAUCCUGCUGAGACCUGAUAAGCUAACGUUACACAGAAGAGAUGCUUUUGAUUCGAAUGAAAAGUGGAAUGCCUGUUUUUGUGUAUUUUCAAAAUGUACAUAACUUUGUUGAAAUAAACUACCCGACCAAGACUUUUCUUACAA